UCAUGCCGACAAAAUCCAGUCAUUAAAAUCUUCAAAAAAACCUCAAAAACCCAACUCAAAAUCAGUACUAAAAUAAUUACUACGAUAAUAUUAUUAUAUAAAAAUCACCAACUAAUCAAUCACUAACUCACACUCUUCUCUUCCUUGUUCUCCCUCCUCAUUUACUCACCAAAGCUUCGAAUCUCUCACAUUAUCUCUCUCUCUCCUCCUUUAAUGGCGAUCAAACUCACCAUCCUUCAUUUUCUCUUUGUACCACUUUUUUCUUCUUCUUUCAACAAAUGUUUCUUUUAUGUGAUGUAACAAUCACCCAUCAUUUUAUUCAUUAAUUCCACUAAUUUUUAGCUCAUUUUGUCUUCUAAACAUACAAAAAUGGCAUUAAACUCUCUUUCAUUUUGCAUUCUCCUCUUGUUUGGUAUUUCAUUGGUUUUGGUCCGAGCAAAUACUGAUGCAAAUGAUGCACAAGCACUCCAUGUUUUGUACGGUGCACUGAAUAAUCCUUCUCAGCUGACGGGCUGGAAAGCAGAUGGCGGUGACCCAUGUGGAGAGUCUUGGAAGGGGGUCAAAUGUGAUGGUUCGGCUGUCGUUUCCCUGGACAUCUCCGGAUUAGGAGUAAGCGGGACAAUGGGAUAUUUGCUUACAAACCUUGCCUCAUUGAAGACUUUGGAUAUGAGUGAUAACAAUAUUCAUGAUGCUAUUCCAUUUCAACUGCCACCAAAUCUGACAUCCCUAAAUCUAGCACACAAUAAUCUGAGUGGAGGCCUACCAUAUUCCAUUGUGAGCAUGGUUUCACUUGCUUAUUUGAAUGUUAGCAGUAAUUCGCUCUCCCAGCCAAUUGCAGAUGUUUUUUCUAAUCAUACGGCCCUUGCAACCAUAGAUCUAUCACACAACAAUUUUUCUGGAGAAAUUCCCCCCACUUUUAGGAAUUUGACCAAUAUUUCAACACUCGAGAUUCAAAACAAUCAGUUGACUGGUUCUCUUGACAUUCUAACAAGUCUGCCUUUGGAUACUCUGAAUGUUGCAAACAACCACUUCACAGGUUGGGUACCACAGGAGCUUAAGUCAAUAUCCAAUUUUAUCUAUGAUGGUAAUUCAUUUGACAAUGGUCCGGCUCCUCCACCGCCACCAUAUACUCCACCUCCUCCUGGAACGCCUACAAAGAGAAGGCAUAGAAGUUCAGGAGGAAGUGCUCAAUCGUCGGAGAGUCCUGAUAGCCAGCCUUCCCAUGGAAAGAAAAAAUCAUCCAUUGGAACUAUCAUUGGGGUAGUAUUAGGUGUUGUGUUCUUGCUUAUGUUUGGUAUUCUGCUUGCUCUUCUCUUCUGCAAGCGAAGAUGGAGAACAAAGGAUAAUGGUGGACGGAUGUCUGGGCGGGGUGUCUCUAAUGGCAGUGAUAAAGUUAAUGUGGAGAUUCAAGAACAGAGAAUUACAAGCGCAGCUGCAGUUGUUGAUCUGAAACCCCCACCAACAGAAAGUUUACUAGUUGAGAAAAUGAAUGGGAAAAAUGGGUCCUUAAGACGAGUGAAGUCCCCAAUUACUGCUACUUCGUAUACAGUUGCCUCUCUUCAGACUGCUACUAACAGCUUUAGUCAAGAAAAUAUUGUUGGCGAAGGUUCACUUGGUCGUGUUUACAGAGCAGAGUUUUCGAAUGGCAAGGUCCUGGCCAUCAAGAAGAUUGAUAAUUCAGCAUUAUCCUUGCAAGAGGAGGAUAAUUUCCUCGAAGCCGUGUCUAAUAUGUCGCGGCUCAGACACCCAAACAUUGUCUCGCUGGUAGGAUAUUGCACAGAGCACGGCCAGCGGCUUUUAGUAAAUGAAUACAUUGGAAGCGGGAGUCUUCAUGAUAUGCUACACUUCUCUGAUGACGGGAGCAAACGAUUGACAUGGAAUUCCCGAGUCCGAGUUGCACUUGGAACAGCCAGAGCUCUAGAAUAUUUGCAUGAAGUCUGUUUGCCAUCUGUUGUACAUAGAAAUUUCAAGUCAGCGAAUAUUCUACUUGAUGAAGAGUUCAACCCUCAUCUCUCAGAUUGCGGACUCGCUGCUUUAACACCAAAUACAGAGAGACAGCAGGUAUCUACUCAAAUGGUAGGUUCGUUUGGUUACAGUGCUCCGGAGUUUGCUCUAUCUGGAAUAUACACCACAAAAAGUGAUGUAUAUAGCUUUGGGGUGGUGAUGUUGGAGCUUUUGACUGGGCGUAAGCCCUUAGAUAGUUCAAGACCGAGGUCCGAACAGUCACUUGUUAGAUGGGCUUCACCUCAACUGCAUGAUAUAGAUGCUCUAGCCAAGAUGGUUGAUCCUGCUCUAAAUGGCAUGUAUCCUGCAAAGUCCCUGUCUCGUUUUGCUGACAUCAUUGCUCUCUGUGUUCAGCCUGAGCCAGAGUUUCGACCACCAAUGUCGGAAGUGGUACAGGCAUUAGUGCGGUUGGUGCAGAGGGCUGGUGUGGCAAAAAGGCGAUCCAGUGAUGAUUCUGGUUUUGGGUACAAGACCCCAGAUCAUGAGACAAUUGACAUGUCAUUUUGAAGUCCCGGCACUUCAAAUCAAUCGGCACAAAUUUUGUUUGAAAUCCUAUCCGAGGUGGGUAUAUUGGCUGCCUGAACCUGGUUGAAGCCUUGAAGGAAGACAGUUUAGUGAGUGAAAUCUGUAAUUAGUCCUAAAUCCAUGUAACAGAACAUGACUGGUACAUAUAUUUAUUUCAGUGGCAAUGUAAGUAAUUUUUUUUCUUUCAAUAGAUUAUAGAUAUAAACUGAUUGUACAUUUACAGAUCGCCUAUUUCCAAGGAUCUGUACACAAGCCUCAAUGAGUUGCAAAUAUGAGCUGCAUUUCUGAUAA